AUGUCAACCUUGCUGGACAUCAAGAGCAGCGUGCUCAGGCAGGUGCAGGUGUGCCCAUCCUUCCGCCGUAAGACGGAGCAGGAGAACCCAGGCACAGACGCACAGGAGCCCGCCACAGGGGCCUGGAAACCUGGGGAUGGUGUGGAGUUCUUCGCCCACAUGCGCCUCAUCCUGAAAAAGGGGGAUGGCAGACAGGGCCUGCCAUGCCCUGAGGUUCUUUUACGCAGUGGUUCCCCGGCCCCGGCUGAGCCUGUGGACCCCAACCGUGGCAUGAGAAACCUGACCCAGGAAGAGGUGGAGAUGCUCUACGAGGAGGCCUUAUACACAGUCCUCCACCGGGCAGGCACCAUGGGCCCCGACCAGGUAGAUGACGAGGAGGUCUUGCUAAGCUACCUUCAGCAGGUGUUUGGCACCAGUUCUGAAGAACACAUGGAGGCCAUCACCCGUGUGAAGAAAGCCAAGGCUCCCACAUAUGCCCUGAAAGUCUCCGUCAUGCGUGCCAAGAACCUUCUGGCUAAAGACCCCAAUGGCUUCAGUGAUCCAUACUGCAUGCUGGGCAUCCUGCCGGCCUCUAGUGCCCCACAGGAGUCAAGUGGGCAGAAGGAGCAGCGCUUUGGCUUCCGCAAAGGCAGCAAGCGUAGCAGCCCACUGCCCGCCAAGUGUAUCCAGGUCACCGAGGUCAAGAGCAGCACUCUGAAUCCUGUCUGGAAAGAGCACUUCCUGUUUGAAAUUGAGGAUGUCAACACAGAUCAGCUGCACCUGGACAUCUGGGACCACGAUGACGACGUAUCCCUAGCAGAAGCAUGCAGGAAGCUGAAUGAAGUUAUUGGCCUGAAGGGCAUGAGCAGAUACUUCAAACAGAUUGUCAAGUCGGCCCGUGCAAAUGGGACAGCAGGGCCCACCGAAGACCACACUGAUGACUUCUUGGGCUGCCUCAACAUCCCUAUCAGGGAGGUGCCUGUGGCGGGUGCGGACCGCUGGUUUAAGCUGGAACCACGCUCCAGUGCCUCCCGUGUGCAAGGAGACUGCCACCUGGUCCUCAAGCUGAUCACCACCCAGAGGGACACUGCUAUGAGUCAGCGUGGACGCUCGGGCUUCCUGUCUUACCUGUUGCUUCUCAGCCGUGUGCUGCGGUUUGAGCACCGGGUGGAGGAGCCGAACUCCAGCAGCUGGCGUGGUGAGCUCAGUGGGCCUGGGACCACUGUCCUUUGUCUGCAUGGAGCCCAAAGCAAUCUGUCACCCUUGCAGCUGGCGGUGCUGCACUGGCAAGUCAGUAGCCGCCACCAUCAGACACGCACCCUGGACUAUGGCUACCUGCUGGGGCUGCUGGAAGAUGUGCAGGCACACUGGGAGGAGGCAGCUUCACUGCCCCAGGAACAGGAGGAGAGCCUAGCUGACAGCUUCUCCGCCUUCUCAGAGUUCGGGCUGAGGCUGCUGCGCCAGCUCCGAGAUUACUUCCCUGCCACCAACAGCACGGCUGUGUAUCGCUUGGAGCUGCUGCUCAAGUGCCUGGAGAAGCUACAGCUCUUCCAGCCAGCCUUCGAGAUCUGUCCCUUCGAGACAGAGCUCAGCAUGGACAUUGCUGCUGCUCUGAAGCGGGGUAAUCGUGAGUGGUAUGACCAGCUCCUGAGCACCAAGAGUCCUCGAGAACAGCCAGGGCCGCAGCGCCUAGCGGGGCUUGUUGAACUUGCAGACAUCAUCUAUGAGGACUUGCAGUCCUGCUAUGGGGUCUACGCCAGCCUCUUCCAUGGUAUCCUUAAGGUGGACUUCUUCACUCUUACCUUCCGGCAGCUGGAACGUCUGGUGGCUGAGGAGGCAUGGGUACUGACAGAGGAGCUGAGCCCCAAGAUGAACCUAGAGGUAGCCUCAGGGCUCUUUGAGCUCUACCUGACCCUGGCAGAUACCCAGCGUUUCUGGAGCUGCAUCCCUGGACGGGAAAGCCGCUCCCUAGCCCUGGCUGGCAUCCACACCCCGUUUCUGCCGGCUGUGAAGCUCUGGCUGCAGGUGCUGAGGGACCAGGCCAAGUGGCGGCUGCAGGGAGCUGUGGAUGUAGACACGCUGGAGCCUGUGGAUGCGGCUUCCAAACACAGCAGCUCCGCAGCCACCGCCAGCCUCUGCCUUAGCCACAUCCAGGAGCUCUGGGUCCGCCUGGCCUGGCCUGACCCUGCCCAGGCCCAGGCGUUAGGCACUCAGCUCAGCCAGGACAUGUGUGAGGCCUCCCUCUUCUACACGGGGCUGCUGAGGAAGAAGGUGGACACCCAGCCAGGGGCUGCUGGUGAGGCAGUGAGUGAACAGCUCUGUGUGGUGCUCAACAACGUAGAGUUGGUGCGCAGAGCUUCAGGGCAAGCGCUAAGAGGCCUGGCAUGGCCUGAAGGGGCCAGUGGACUGGAGGGAGUGCUCCCCCGCCCUCUCCUCAGCAGCAUACAGGCUCUGGAUGAAGAUCUCCAGCGGGAGGCCCACACCGUGACAGCGCAUCUGACUUCCAAGAUGGUGGCAGACAUCAGGAAGUACGUACAGCACAUCAGUCUGUCCCCCGACUCUAUUCAGAAUGAUGAGGCUGUAGCCCCACUCCUGAAAUACCUAGACGAGAAGCUGGCCUUGCUGAAUGACUCACUGGUGAAGGAGAACCUGAGCAGGGUGCUGGAGGCUCUCUGGGAGCUGCUUCUUCAGGCCAUUCUGCAGGCACUGAGUGCAAACAGAGAUGUCUCUGCUGAUUUCUAUGGACGCUUCCACUUCACACUCGAGGCUCUGGUCAGUUUCUUCCAUGCUGAGGGCCAGGGGCUGCCCUUGGAGAACCUGAGGGAUGGAAGCUACAAGAGGCUGGAGGAGGAACUGCGGCUGCACAAAUGCUCCACCCGAGAGUGCAUCGAGCAGUUUUACCUGGACAAGCUCAAGCAGAGGUCUCUGGAGCAGAACCGGUUUGGGCGCCUGACUGUGCGAUGCCAUUAUGAAGCGGCUGAGCAGAGGCUAGCUGUGGAGGUGCUGCAUGCAGCAGAUCUACUGCCCUUGGAUGCCAAUGGUCUGAGUGACCCCUUUGUGAUUGUGGAGCUUGGCCCACCACACCUCUUCCCACUGGUCCGCAGCCAGAGGACCCAAGUGAAAGCCCGGACAUUGCACCCGGUGUAUGAUGAGCUCUUCCACUUCUCCGUGCCUGCAGAGGCAUGCCGCCGUCGCGGGGCCUGUGUGCUGUUCACGGUUAUGGACCACGACUGGCUGUCCACCAAUGACUUUGCCGGGGAGGCAGCCCUUGGCCUAGGUGGUGUCAGUGGCAUCGCAAGGCCACAUGUGGGAGGGGGCAUGAGACCCGGGCAGCCCAUCACACUACACCUGCGCAGGCCCAGAGCUCAGGUGAGGUCUGCAUUGCGGAUGCUAGAAGGCCGCACCAACAAAGAGGCACAAGAGUUUGUCAAGAAACUCAAGGAGCUGGAGAAGUGCAUGGAGGCUGACCUCUGA